AUGAGAUUUCCUGGAGACGUUGCUGAUCCAACUGAUAGACCACAUUUUCUAACAGACUGUUAUAUCACCGAGUUUAAUCUAACUAUCAAAAAGUUUCCUAACUACGAUGCGAAUGGAUUAACCCAUAUUUAUGGUUUCCCAACAGUAAAAACUAACGGUAUGUACGUUUCUAAAACUUAACAUAAACAUAUAAGCACAUGAACAGAUAAACAUGGAAAAGGAAUAUACAUAAAAUUGCUAAAAUUAACAAAUUCUUGCAGGUCGAACUAAAUUUACUGUUGAUUCGAAGAAUGGUCGUUGGUUGCUCCUAUAACCAAUCCUAGGAAUUCGCGUAUCUCAAUUUCUCUUGUUGGUUCUUGAUAUUUGAAAUUAUUUGUUAUAGUAGUACUGUACCACUUUGUACCUUGAGAUUUGUCUUCUUUGGCUUGGCUUAAUUGUCUGAAAUUUCAAUGAUUUUGCAACACUGCUGCAUGUAACUUAAUUGAUAUUUUAUUUUACCUAGCGACAUGACACCCUUCCUUGGCAUUUGGGCUUACCAACUGUAUACGUUUCGAUCACAGCCAAUACGGAAUUUUUGUCACCCAACAAUGCUUGUAAUAAUAAAGUUUUGUUGCCGUCUUCCUCUCCCCGGCCAAUAUGGUAGUGAAGCAUGAAAUUUUACAACAUUGGUAUAGCCGAGAAGCUUGUCUGCAUGCCUUCAAAUUUUGCACGUGCGAUGUAUAGUUAGGAAACUUGCACUACGAGUCCAGGUUCCCAAUCCUCUUUAAAUAGCAAUUAUGGUAAUAUGGUUUAAGUAAAAGACAAUACGAUGCGCAGGUGAAGUUUGAAGUAAAAGUUAAGAGCUUGCAGUGAAGAAUAAAGAAAAUAGCCACAUUGUUGGAUUCUUUCCUAUUUCAAGGCCAUGAGAUUUUAGUGUUCAUUGUUUAAAGAAGAUUUUGUAAACUUGCACUGUAUAUGCAUUAAACCUUUACGUGACGAGUAACAUACCCAAUUUUUAUUAAAACCAAAAUUUUCAAUUUUUUUUUGAACAACACACAGUAUCCUCGUCUUAGCGGAUCACGUGACAUCUUGUCAUUGCAGACCGCCUGUUAAAAUACACGGGCUAUCUUCUCAGAUUUUCUCUCCUUUAUUACAUGACUACCUUUUAUAUGAUUCUCAUACAACAUACAAUUGCUCUAGAAUGGGAGAAAAAUUACUUUGAAAAAGUGUGGCCUAAUUGGAAGGAUGGCAUUCGCAAUGAUACAAAAGAGCAGAUUAAAGAUAUUGGUAUGUAGUAACUCCGAGUCCUCCAUUGAAGGAAUUGGAAAAUGAACUUAACUUUUUGAACUAGAUGAUUUGGGGGCGGGGCGGAGGAAGGACACAAGCACAGAAUAAGGCACACAGAAGGGGGACCCUGGCCGCCAUCUUCCUAGCCAGUCGAUUACAUUUUCUGGCCAAUAAACGCGCUGUAUUGGCUGAAGGCCCCGCCUUCUGGCCAGUCAACUGCAUAUUUUUGCAUAGAAAAAUGGCGACACGUUGCACCGCUGAGUGGCCCUUCUGGUACUGAUCUUUAUUCUGUAACACAAGCCUGACGCAAGUGAAAAAUGGAAGGCCUAGUGGAUUUCCCAACAACAAGGCCAAAACUGUCCUGAAACUGCCCUGAUUGCGAAAUUCCCAAUUACUGCGUUUUCAAACAGAAUUAUUUGCAACAUAACAGCGAAUUUAAACCGAUACAGGUAAAAUAAACUCAUUUAUAGUAUAAACUUACUAUUUUUAUUUCUAUACACGUCUAGAAAAUCGGGGUUUUUAUCAUAAAGUUUGAAGCAACACUAUUAUUAUGUUGACAAGGUGAAGCGAAAGCACAAAGUAAUAAUUCUUUUGUUCGCAAGACAAUCAUUUAAUCUACUGUUUCGCUUUGAAUAACUAUAUUUGCGAAUUGGGAAUGAGGAUUUUGAAAUUAUUGUUCAAAUAUGACGGAUAUGCCAUUUGUAAACAAUGUACGUUUUUAUAUACAGUACUGUCCGGUUAAUGAUAUAUGUAUCCGUUUUAUUUAAUAAAUUAUAAUUGUAUACGUGUUUGUAUAUUUUACAAACACAAGACUGCUUCUUGCCAAAAUUGAGAAAAUAUAUAUUAAUGUAGUUGUGUAUAAGACAAAAUUUCAUGAAAGAUUCUACUUUUGGUACAUAUUUUCACUCAUUUUGAUCUUUCGGUACACCUUGUCAACAUAUUAAAUAAUAGUGUUGCUUCGAACUUUAUGAUAAAACCCCGAUUUUCUAGACGUGUAUACAAAUAAAAAUAGUAAGUUUAUACUAUAAAUGAGUUUAUUUUACCUGUAUCGGUUUAAAUUCGCUGUUAGUUGCAAAUAAUUCUGUUUGAGAACGCAAUAAUUGGGCAUUUCGCAACCAGGGCAGUUUCAGGGCAGUUUUGGCCUUGUUGUUGGGAAAUCCACCAGGCCUCCUAGGCUUGCUUCCUCCGCCCCGCCCCCAAAUCACCUAGUCCCAGUCUUUUCAUGUGAAAAAGCGCUGAGUAUGAAAAAUAUAUAAAUAAGACUAGAAGGCCUAGGUCUAGGCUGGGCAAAGGCGUUGUGCGCGUGCGAAGUGAAACGAGGUCGGGUCCGGGUUUAGUUUUAUCCGUCGGUUUUCUGUUGACUUAGAAAUUUUUCUUAAAAUAUUUUUAAUUUCCCCCCCCCCCACACUUUUUUAACUCUCAAAUAGUUUAUUAGACCUUUAUUGGUUAGUGUUAGGGUUAGGGUUAGAGAAGGGGUUGGGGUUGGGGUCAGGUUUAUCUCAAUAUUACGACUGCAGGCAGUAAGAAUAGCAAAUCGAACUCGGCGUACUGCUCCAGCCACGAAUAGCCACGGCGCGUUAUAUUAAACUAAUUAUAAUAAAUGCAGUACGUUUGAUCCUUGAUAACUUUGGUAUCGUCAGUUUUCUCUUUUUCGGCCGUAUACCAGUGGAUUCAUCUCACUUCUCUCGAUCUGAUACGAUUUUGAGCCCAAAUGAGCCCCAAUAUAUUUUAUUUCCCACUGAUUCAGAUCAGUGGUACGGACCAACCGACGGCCCCUCAAAAAGAGGGAAGAGCCCGGGAACGAGGUUGCCGGCGGCCCCCGUGCGGCAUCAACUAUUUCACUGACCUCAGAAUGACAUUUCGUCAAAACGUUUUUCUUCAAGAUUGGUUUAGAAACAAAUUUGGAGUAGGGUUAGGUUAUAGCCUGCGAACAGGCUCUCAAGCUGAAUUGAGAGCCUGCAUCGAUGACUAAUGAAUUUGAAUAUCUGCGUCUCAAAUCGUGACGCGAAAUUCUCAGUGGUCAGAUGCUAUAAUUUAUAUUACUUCCGCUGAGCUCUAUAUGUCAACUACUAGCACUAUGGUGAUGCACAAAAACACAUUAACUGCUCAAAUUGGUCUUGGCCAUUUUAUCUCAAAGCACGAAAUGUUCUGUUUUGAGAAAACAGUAUUUAAAACAUUUAAACUUUUGCUUCAAUAUCUUAUAUUUCGAAAAACAGUAUAAACUGUACGGUCUAAAUUUAGUUUGCAUUGUCUAAAUUUAGUUUGUACGAAAGUUGUAAACAACACCAUAUAAGGAUAGACAUUCCAUAAUUGGAAAAACGAACGUUACGGGGCAGAUAUUCAAAUUCGUUAGUCAUCGAUGCAGGCUCUGAAUUCAGCUUGAGAGCCUGUUCGCAGGCUAGGUUAGGUUAGGUUAGGAUACGUUAUGGUAAGGGUUAUGGUUAGAGUUGAUGUUUGGAGUAGUAGGGUUAGUGUUUGUUAUGUUUUGUCACUUUGAGGCCAGCGAAAUAAUCUCUUCCCGGGCGUACAUGUAUUUGUAGGGGGAAACGCCGAAAGUUUUAUUUGCUGGGUAUACCUCAUUUUAGUGGGGUCAUAAUACUAACAGGGUUUUUUUUCAGGGAUUUUUUAGGACCGUUAAAUGGCCCCAAAAACUCAAUCUUGAAUUGAGUUUUGAAACUCAAUCUUCUCACCAAAAUUUCAGUGCAGUAAAAAUGAAGUUGUUUGAGUUAAUUUCGUGACGUGUGGAAUUUAGUUUUCAGUUGGAAACCCGACAAUUAAGAAAAAAUAGCUGGAAUUCAACUGACAACACAAGAAAUACUACGCAUUCGCCAUUUUUAACCAGUUUAUAGUGUCCAUCAGUGCUACUGCUUUAACACAUUCCGCUCCAACUACAUUUAUUGAGUACAAGUGUCAGCCGCCCGGGGGGGGGAUGCAGCCACCCCAGCUGUUCAGAUAAACUCAAUCUUCUCUGCAAAAACGGACCCAAGAGAAAAUCCUGAUAAACCCCUGACUAACAAUAACUUCAAACCUAAGCCACCUGUACCUUCAAUAUAAAGCUAACGAAUUUGUGAGCGGCAGCACUCAACCCUUGACAAGAAAAAUCGACUGGUACUGACCGUAUGAGACAUUGAAAUAAUAAAGUAGAGUGCAUUGCCAUUGGGGCACAAUGCAAGUUAGUUGGAUAAUAACAUGGUAUUUACCUAAAUAAACAAAGCAGUGAGAGCAUGCACUAUACUGUUAUAUACGACUUUUCCGCUUAGCUCGGGGCAACCUUGAAUCUUAAUUGAAAUCGCUGUGUACUGUAUGUGUCAUUCAUAUACAGUAAUGUAUGUAUUUCCCCUAUAUAUCCCCAGCGAGUUAAACGCUCUACAGAGCGUCUUGUUUCAAUUAAAACGGCUGAAAUGGGCCUUAAAAACCACCAUUAAAAAAGCUGGACUGUGCCUUUAAUAAACUCUCUGUGAGCCAAUCUUGAAAAUUUCACCGUCCGUGCUGAUUUUAUUUUCAUAGCAACUUAUUUAAGCUAUUUUUAGGUACAUAUUACGACCGAACAACCGGAAUUGUUACUGACCAAUUAAAAAAGUGGUUAAACAACACACAUGAUAACGUUCGCGAAGAAAUCGAUGUGUGGUAUAAAUGGAUUAACAUCUGGUGUAAGUUUACUUUGGAAAGCUUUCUCGAAAGCAAUAUCGAUGUAAUUAAAGCAAAAGUCCCGGAGGAAAGUCGACAAGAUUUAGAUAUGAAGACCCUGGCUAAACUUUUGCCGUGGUCCGACGACGCAUUACGUGGUUACUCCGUAUUUACUUAUACUCAACAACUUGAUCAAUCUUUGGUUCAGUAUCUUCGCGAAGGCCUUGGAAACUGGUGGUCGCACCACAUGCAUACUUUAGUGGGUGGUAUGCACAGUCUAGCCGAUGGUUUCUUUGAUCGUGGUGUGUUGAUCGAGAAAGACGAUCUCGAAACGAAUGAACAGGUGUUUAAAAUUUCCUACUUUUUCUUAUCCAACUCGCCCAACAGAGACUUUGUGAAGGUAACUUCCUAUGCGAAUAAGGAGAACCCUAAGAAUAAUGCUGUAUAUACCGCACAGGUAAUUUUAUUUAUUUUAACUGCUUUAGCUAUACGGGUUUUAAUUACGUAUCAUGCAUGUACAAUAGUAGCUGAUUUAUAGUGGUUAGUUCAAACUUUUAAAAGUGUUGACCGCUUGCUUCAAUGGUAAGAAACAGAAGGAAGAAAUAUGUAUUGAAUCCGGUCGAUUUGGUCUAUGUUUAACUCAAAUAUACAGUAAAUCGGCUCAUUCUACCUCCAUAAUAUUAAUAAAAGCCAACUCAAACCGAAAUCAGUGAGGGUAUUUACUUAGUAUAUUUAAUAUUAUUGUUGAAUGAAGUUCGGAGCAUGAUAUGAAACAUUUUCAAACAUUUUUAUUUUAAGUUAUUGAGCCAAAAGCAGAUGGGGAUAACCCGAACUGAUGGUUUCGAUAUGCAGCGUGAGGACACGAAUUCAAUAAUAUCAAAGAUACAAAUGACAUCCACCCAUAUGGGUCAUAUAUAA